CUACCAACUGCGUCCCGUUUUAAUAACAACACGUACCUAGCACUUUAUUACCUAGAUAUUUACCUCUCAAUUACUUAUCAAUUAUGGCUGGUCCCGGAACUUCUCCGUCUUUCUGGGAACGGGAAUUCCACAAUGUAAAGCUAGCAAAGCCUGCAUCUAUUCCGUUCCUCAGCGACGAAUUGAUGGACGGACUGCCUCCUGAUUGUUCUUUCAAAGCGUUUAAGCGACCACAGCUUCGAAGAUGUCCUUUCAAUCUGGAAACAAUUGACUGGCCACGUUCGAGAAGAAUUGACGGCGGGCUCGACGGAAGUAUCUUGAAAAUUUAUUUUCAAGGGAGUGACAUUCCUUAUUGCUUGAAAAUUUUCUGGGAUCCGGAAGCAGGUUUUGGUGGGGUUGCACAAUUUGCCGUUGAACGAGAAUGUAUAAAUGCCUCCGUACUCCAGAAAAUGGAAACAUCAGUAGAGGAAGCCGUCACGGGUUCCUCUCCGCCUAUCCUGAUCAACCCCAACCCAAAGACCAAGGAGGACGCGAUAGAUAAUAUUUACGGCUUUUCCCGCGAAGGCCGACAGGCUGGGUUGUCUAGUUUGUCUAAAGUAGACUAUGAACCCAUGUCUGUGACCUCGAUGCCACGCAUGAGGAAAUGUUAUGGGUGGGUCAAAAUCGAUGCUCAUUCACUCCUCGAAGGCUGGCCAAGACGCGUUCGUCCGAGCCCUGUCCAAGUUGGUAAAUUCAGGCGAAGCUUCCAACCCGGUAGGGAAUAUUUUGCGAUUGUCUAUGAAUGGAUUGAAGAAGAGGACAAUGACCCGGCCACGGUUCAAGCGGUUGAUACAUUUCUCUACCGUGCUGGUUUUUGCCAUCAGGCAGGCUCCCAUGUAGACAACUGGAAAGGUGGAGUAUUGCUCGAUCUCUCGGACUAUGUCUACGUCUUCGCCCGUUGGUGGCGUCGUAUGUUUUACGAGCCGAGAGAAGUUGACAACAUUCUUCAACCGCAUGAUCAGAGGUAGUCUGGCGUGGUGGCUAUAUAGGUACCCAAGGUCUAAAUUUUCA